CAAUGGCACUACCAUUUUCUUCAUCUUCCUCAGUCCUACCAAUCUAGAUUUUUCCCAAUCAAUUUCUGUGUUCUUUUCGCUUGUACUAAUUUCGGAACACUUGACCCUUAUUUCUUCUAUUUCGAUUUGUUGCGUCUCCAUUUACUAUAUAUUGGCAGCAGCAAAAUUGGCCGUAGGCCUUUCCCUGAAGAUUUAGACGGAGAAAUUCUACUCAGGCUGCCCGUGAAGUCGUUGUUGAGAUUCAAAUGCGUGUGCAAGAACUGGUAUGUUCUUAUCAAGAGCCCCGCUUUUAUUAGAAAACACUUGAAUUGUAGCAAGAAUAAGCCUUCCCAAUUCAUGAUUUAUGAUUAUAAUGCGCGUGAUGAUUCCCCUCCCAUUGCUUUGAUUCCAGAGAAUCAUGGAGAUGGUGAAUCUCCUGAUUAUAUCCAUAGAUUUAAAGGUAUGACGAAUGUUAUAGGCUCUGUGGAUGGAUUGUUUUUGUUGCAGAGAGAAAUUGAUCCCGAAAACAGAUACAUGCAAAUCUUUGCAAUGGCGCUGUGGAAUCCUUCGACCAGAGAGGUGAGGCACCUCCCUCAUCACAAAAUCCAAUACACUCACUGUGGGUUCAGAUUAGAUCCCUUGACUAAUGACUAUAAGGUGGUUUACUAUAAUUUCCACUGUGGUGAAUAUGAAUAUGCAGCUGUCUACUCUUGUUCUACCGACUCAUGUAGAAACAUUACACCUAAAAUUAAAUUCUAUUCAUACGGACGCUCUUUACAUGAAUCCUAUGGUACUGCUUAUCUGAAUGGGGCUUAUUAUUGGCUGCUAAGCGAGGGGCUUAAGUACAGCAUUGUUUUGUUUGACUUUAGCAAUGAGGUGUUUGAAGAGAUUGAAGGGCCAGAUGAUAUCUCUUUUAGUUCUCUGAUAUUGCUUGACGACUCGGUUGCCCUCUUGCCCUUUUAUGGAAAUUGUGUUCAUGAUAUAUGGGUAAUGAUCCAACCAGGGGUUUGGAACAAACGUUUUACCUUUCAAUGCUUCACUUAUCCUAGGACUUGGUAUUCCAGCUGUCUCAUUUUGGUAACUAAACGUUCUCGGCUAGUCUCCUAUAAUGUUAGGACUACGAAGACAAGACGUCUUGGAUUUUGUCACCCAGUCCUGCGACGCAACUGUGGGGUUUAUGUUUAUAAGGAAAGCUUAGUAACAUUGAAAUGAGAGAAUGUAUAGCAGCUGGACCAUUGCAACUUUCCUGAUGCCUCCUUUGAGCUUUAUAUCCAUUAGAUUAAGAGGUGAAGCUCCAGAAUGAUGGACCGGGUUGGUUCGGUUUUUAUCACAAUCAAACCAAACCAACUAUAUCGGUUUGCAUUGGUUCGGUUUUGCCGUGUUUUUCGGAAUUUUUGCUUACAUAAAUAUUAUUUCAAUCUUACUUUGUUAAAUUUUUAAUAAGUAAAUAUAUGUUUAGUAAAAAAUAAAAAAAUUGUCAAACGUGUGAUCUAUUAACAUAUUCUCAUGGGAGAAUUUUCUUAGUAAUUAGCUUUUUCCCUCUCGAAAUCCACAAGGCUUUGGUGGCAUUUCUCAGAGUGAGUGAGCAACAAAUAAUUAGCUGUCGAAGCACAAAUGUGAAUUAACAAUUAGUACUAUAAUAAGUUACUACUAGUAAUCCUUUUCUUAAUGUGGAUUACUAAUAUUAAUCUUUCUG